GUUAAAUUAUAGCUUCAAUUGUGUUAUUGUUUUCUUUUGGCAAUUUCAAUUGAAUUGAAAUGGAUGAACAAGAUUUGAAUAAACUUAAAAGGAGAAUUACUUCAAGCUUCAAACUAAGUGGUUUCCUAAUCCGUACAGACAACAGCACAUUUCUAGCUGAGCAGUUGUUUCCGUUUGAGGAAACUGAAAGGGAAAAGUGGCUUACCGUGAUAAUCGAAAAUUUGCAGAACCAGCGCCUUGAGACGGUACAAGUCGAACGUAGUGUGCUUGAGAAAGCUAUUAAUGAAAUAAACCGUGUGGGUUUAGAGGAAGGUGAAACAGUAUUUUCACUGAUCAAUUCGUACUCAAUACCAAGAUUUAAUUACAACUCGCAAACAAAGAAAUUUGAACGGGACACCACAGCACGAAAAAUAUUUGCGAAACCAAGUAUGAAAUCUGGAUACCUGCGCGAACGAUAUGCUAUGUUGUUGCAGAAAACUUUGAGGCACGAAUUGUUUGCGCCAGCCGUGAUAGAAGGAGGUGUGUCGGCUGAUUCACGGGCUAAAAAGUUUAAACUACUCUAUGCAGAAAAUUUAUUAGCAUCAUCGUCCGUAAAAGAAGCUGUUGUGUUAGGCUUACUUACACAGAUUAUAGAGGGAAAAUUUUUUGUUGAAGAUCCAACAGGUUAUGUAGAGCUCGAUUUAAGUGCAGCACGUUUUCAUUCUGGAUUUUUUUGUGAAGGUUGUUUUGUUUUGGCAGAAGGUACAUUUAACAAUGGUGUUCUCAAGGUUGAUGGAUUAGGAUUUCCUCCAGCGGAACCAGCAUCGAGCAGCCGUGCAUUCUUUGGUACUCAAAAUACUUGGGGCGGAGAUUCCACUAAACUCUUAAAAUAUUCUAAUCGCUUGCAAGAAGUAGAACGUACAAACACGGAAGCAACAAUAGUAUUCCUAUCAGAUGUACGUCUUGACGCACCGAAAGUUAUGGAGAAAUUAAAAAUGCUUUUUGAAGGCUAUGAUUCGUGUCCUCCGGCAGCUAUAGUGCUGAUGGGUCCCUUUGUUACAGCAAACCGUAAUCACUACGAAUUGCGAGACCAUUUUACUGCAUUGGGUGCCUUAGCGGCAGGUUGUGAUCAUUUAAAAAAGCAAACAGACCUCAUUUUAGUGCCAUCAUCUGAUGAUCCUACUGCAGCAAAUAUUUUACCUCGUCCUCCAUUACCUGCCUUACUAACAGCUGGUUUACAAAAGGCUUGGCCGCGCACACUGCUCGCGACAAAUCCCUGUCGGCUACAAUAUUGUACACAACAAAUUACUGUAUGUCGUCUUGACUUAAUGACUAAAUUUUGUCGCAAUACCCUACACUUCCCAACAGAUACCGAAAAUAUUGAUCAACAUUUUGCACGUACAAUCAUAUGUCAAGGCCAUUUAACGCCUAUACAUCCAAUCGCAAUACCUGUGUACUGGGAUUAUGAUCCUGCUUUGUGGUUGUAUCCAUUGCCCGAUAUUGUUGUUAUCGGCGAUUCAUGCCAGUCAUUUUCAAUAUCUCAGCAUGGCUGUACAGUAUUGAAUACAGGUUCAUUUGUGAAGUCUAAGUUUGGAUUCAAAGUUUAUAUACCAUCAACGCGCACCAUCGAGGAUUCUGAAAUACCUGACCAGAUGGAAUAGUAUCGUAGAUUGUUGCUAUAUUUAUAUGUUAUUAUUUUUAAGCCCAAUAUAUUUAUUAAUUUUUAAAGAACAUUGUUGUAACAUUAUCAAGCCUUUGUCGCGACUUUAUUAGUUUUUUAUGCAAAGGAAGCAUUUCCCGCUUUGUUGCUUGAAGUUAUGAACUUAUAUCGGCAAAAAUUUUUAUUCAUCCUGCAAAGAAAAAAAUUAGGAGUGUGUUUGGUCUGAUAAGAAAGCAGACAUUAUUCUAAAUUUGCCAUAAAAUAAAUGCUUCGCAUUAUUAUUGUGGUUGACAAACCGUGAUGGCACCAUUAUUUGGCUUCUGCUAUCAGUGCAGCAUGUGUUCCUCACUAGGCGAACAGUAUGUGAAAAUGUUGUAAAAUAUCAACUUAACGUGCGUUGAACGUUGCGCACAAUCUGCUACGGUUCCAGGCGAUGUGUUUAAAUUGCGCUACCCUUACAACUGCUUCCAUACUGUGUGCUCCUGUUGUUGUGCUGUUGUGAGUGUAAGGAUCCUAUUAUUUUUGAUGACUUAAAGCCGAUUUAGAAAAAUAUUGUUUUGUUGAUUUCUUUUCAUGUGUGCGAUGAACAUUAUUUUUCUUUCAGCGAUGGUGGUUUGCGUUUUCGUUAAUAAUUUAAUUUUUCGUUUUUCCAAUAUUAAAUUUAUAUACUCGCCUGUUGAAGAUGAGGAAAAGAUUUGUAUUUCCAGUUUCCCUAAAUAAUUUUACUAAAAUUUUAUUGUAGGUAUUUUUCGUAGACAAUUAUCAAAAUUAAAUCCAAUGUUAAUAAUAUUAUUUAAUAACUGACUUUGAAAGGAUUUAAAGUGGCUGGGUUGGGUAUUGCAAUUUAAGCGGAAAGUAUUUCCCAAACGAUUUAAUAUAUUUAUUUAUUUAUUUCUUAUUUACCACAUUAGUAU